ACUCCAGCACAGUAGAUGGCGAUAAUACAUCUUAAUGUUAGAGGGCUCCCUCCUCUGGCGCAGACCGUUACAGCCCCACCCUUUUCCUCCUCUGCAGAUCUCUGUCGCAGCGCUAAACGUCGCAUGAAUCUAUAUUUCGGACGGAGAGAUCGACUCAACCAGGAAAUGGCUUCUUCUCUUCCUGCGUCUCUGUUCCUGCUGUCUGUGGUUUUCUGCCAGUUUGUUUCUGCUGCAGAUCAGAACAUUGUGAAAAUCACAGCUACAGUUGGAGAUGAUGUCAUUCUGCCAUGCAAAGAUCCUGACCAGAAGGAGAUUAUAGUCGUAGAGUGGAGCAGAACUGACCUGGGGUCAGGAUUUGUCCUCCUGUACAGAAAUUUGAAGUUUGAUCUAGAAAACCAGCUUCCAUCUUACACGGACCGGGUUGAUCUGCUGGUUGGUCAGAUAAAGAAAGGAGACGCGUCUUUGGUUCUGAAGAACACAACGACUGAUGACAGCGGAACGUAUGAAUGUUACGUCGUUAAAACAACUGAGAAGAAACUGAUCAGCUCCGUCAGCCUGGUUGUAACAGAACCGUUUCCAGUCUGGGCCACAGUUCUACUGGUUCUACUGGUUCUACUGGGUCUGGCUCUGGUUGCUGCUGCAAUUUAUUACUUGUUCUUUUGGAGACCAGACCAACAGGUGGAGGUGGAACCACGAGUGGAGUCUGUCCUGCUGCCCUUUAAAGUCCCACGCUGCCUGUGGUUCUGUAAAUACAGAAUCUUCCAGCGUGUGGCUAAAGUGGAGUGGAAGGACGAAUACAACAGGACGGUCCAUGUGUAUCAGAACGGUUCUGAUCAGCCUGGAGUACAGAACCUGAUCUACAGAACCAGAACCAAGAUGGAUGAAAACCUGCUGAAGACUGGAGACCUCAGUCUGACUCUGAGUCGGCCCAGAGAUGAAGACAGAGGGACCUUCACCUGCAGCCUUUACAACAGGAAGGGAGAAAAACUGAUGAUGAAAGACGUCUGGCUAAAGGUCAGAGUCCUACAGGUGGAGGUGGAAUCAGGGGUGGAGUCUGUCCUGCUGCCCUGCAGAACCAGAGAGAAUCUGGAUGGAGACGUUAAGGUGGAGUGGAAGGACAAAGACUACAGGACGGUCCAUGUGUAUGAGAACGGUUCUGAUCAGCCUGAAGAACAGGACGAGUUCUACAGAACCAGAACCAAGAUGGAUGAAAACCUGCUGAAGAAUAAAGACCUCAGUCUGACUCUGAAUCGGCCCACUGGGAGAGACAGUAACAUCUACACCUGCAGAGUCUGCAGAGACGGAGACAUGCUGAUGAAGAAAGAAAUUAAUCUCCAGGUCAAAGUCCUAGAAUGGGUGGAGGUGGAAUCAGGGGAGGAGUCUGUCGAGCUGCCCUGGAGAACCACAGAGGAUCUGGAUGGAGACGUUAAGGUGGAGUGGAAGGACAAAGAGAACAGGACGGUCCAUGUGUAUCAGAACGGUUCUGAUCAGCUUGGAGAACAGGACAAGUUCUACAGAACCAGAACCAAGAUGGAUGAAAACCAGCUGAAGACGAAAGACCUCAGUCUGACUCUGAAAUGGCCCAGUAGGAGAGAUGGAGGGAUCUACACCUGCAGCCUUUACAACAGGAAGGGAGACGUCCUGAUGAUGAAAGACGUCUGGCUAAAGGUCAAAGUCCUACAGGUGGAGGUGGAACCAGGGGAGGAGUCUGUCCUGCUGCCCUGCAGAACCAGAGAGAAUCUGGAUGGAGACGUUAAGGUGGAGUGGAAGGACAAAGACGACAGGACGGUCCAUGUGUAUGAGAACGGUUCUGAUCAGCCUGAAGAACAGGACGAGUUCUACAGAACCAGAACCAAGAUGGAUGAAAACCUGCUGAAGAAUAAAGACCUCAGUCUGACUCUGAAUCGGCCCACAAGGAGAGACGGAGGGAUCUACACCUGCUGUGUCUAUAACAGAGACGGAGACGUCCUGAUGAUGAAACAAAUUAAUCUCUGCAUCAUAGUCCAACAGGUGGUGGUGGACCCAGGGGAGGAGUCUGUCCUGCUGCCCUGCAGAACCAGAGAGAAUCUGGAUGGAGACGUUAAGGUGGAGUGGAGGGACAAAGACAACAGGACGGUCCAUGUGUAUCAGAACGGUUCUGAUCAGGCUGGAGAACAGGACAAGUUCUACAGAACCAGAACCAAGAUGGAUGAAAACCUGCUGGAGAAUAAAAACCUCAGUCUGACUCUGAGACGGCCCCUUCAGAGAGACGAUGGGAUCUUUUUCUGCAGAGUCUAUAACAGAGACGGAGACAUCCUGAUGGUGAGACGAAUUUGGCUCGAUGUCGAAGUCCAACAGGUGGAGGUGGAACCAGGGGCGGAGUCUGUCCUGCUGCCCUGCAGAACCAGAGAGAAUCUGGAUGGAGACGUUAAGGUGGAGUGGAAGGACGACUAUGAUAUUGUGGUCCAUGUGUAUGAGAACGGUUCUGAUCAGCCUGGUGAACAGUACCAGCUCAACAGAACCAGAACCAAAAUGGAUGAAAACCUGCUGAAGAAUAAAGACCUCAGUCUGACUCUGAUUCAGCCCACUGAGAGAGACGGAGGAAGAUACACCUGCAGAGUCUACAGAGACGGAGACAUGCUGAUGAAGAAAUUUGUUUGGCUCUGGUUCAAAGCAGGGACAGACCGGGUCCAACCAGAGGACACCAAGACCAGAAGCAACUCUAUUGAUCAGCCUCUAAUGGCUGAUCAAUUAGUCUGAUCAGGUUGAUCAAUCUCUGAUUAUUGAUCCAGUCAGACUUUGGAUCAGAGCCGAUCUCAGUGAAGGUUCUGAUGGACCAACAGAGGGACACUUCCUGGUCCUCUGGUCCAGUCUGCAGCCUCUUAUUGAUCACAAUUGAUUAUUGAUGACAGAAUGAAGAUCUGAAGGAACCAGUUCAUGACUGGAACUGGAACUGGUUUGGAUCCAUCAGGGAGGAGAACAGUUCAGUUUGACCCAGGACCGCCGCCCUCCUCCUCCUCCCUCUUCCUCCUCCCUCCAUCAUCAUCAUCUCCAUCAUCUUCAUCAUCAUCAUUAUCAUUUUCUCUUCAAACCCAAAAAUCUCUGAAUUUUUUGCUUCCAGUCCAGAAUCUGGAUCUUUAGUUUAGAGCUGCACUGAUUGUAAUUUUCCAGCCGAUUAUAAAUCUUUAAAAUUUGACCUGCUGGUUCUAAUUUUGGCCUUUUUUCUGAAAUGUUGCUACAUAUCAGGAGAAAGUUGCUGAGUUGCCAACAGACUGACUGCAAACAUUGAGUUCUGACCCGGUGGGCCGGUCUGCCAGUCAAACGUCUCUCUGAUUUCUAGACCUUCGCUGAGGAAGAGAAAAUCGUCUUCAUGUCUAAAUAUCGGCUGAUAUUUCAGGAAAUCAGCUCAGAUAAAAUGACUGGCAGAGAAAUUGUUGCACCAAAGAAAACCUGGAAAUAUUUUGUUCCUUUAUGGUUCAUGUAAAGUCCAGUUACACUUAUUGCAUUUAUUAAUCUUUAUUACAUUAUAAUGCAGAUUAUUCUAGUCCUGGAUUAUAAUCUAACUCUGACAAACAUCCUAAAGUGUCCAUCUGGUUUCUAUAUGAAUCCUGCCUUAUUAAUGUUUUCAUUAUAAAUAAUAGAAGCUUCUUUAUUUCACUUUUUUAUUUUAGACACAAUUUGAUUGUAAAAGUGAAAACCUACUAACACCAUAAACUGUUAUUUUAUAAAAUACAGAAUUUGAACAUAGUUCCAGAUUUCUGAUCACUAAAUGUUUUAAUUUCUGACUGAAAUAUAUUUUAUGCCUCAUUUUAUCCAUUUGUUACAUUUUGCUUUCAUGUUAAUGUGAAUUUAAAGACAAAACUUUGAAUUUUAAACCUCCAGAAUGAAGAUAUAAUUUAUUACCAAAAGAUCAUGAAAUAAUUUGAUCACUAAUAUAAUUAUUCAAUAUAUUUAGUCAGACAUCAGCUGAAGCUCUAGAAUGAGUUUUUCUAUACAUGUUACUAUUUACAGUGUUCAUAUUCUAUGCUUGUAUAUCUACUAUAAUGAUAUUUCAUGCUUGUAUUUUUUAUUAUGAAUUUUUAGAUUUAUUUUACAUUUUCUCGGCGCUUUAAGGCUGAAUGAAUCUGAUUCUCUGGUUUCUGAGUUUUUCUCUGCUGGUUUUAUUUUCAGUUAGGAUGAAAAAAUAUUUUUUAUUUUAAAUCUGGAUGUUUCCUGAAUCUGCAGAAUCAAAUUGAUAAUCAUUUGAAUUAUUGAUCCCUAAUAACAGAUGAACUGAUUGGUACUGAAGGUUAAUCAAUAUUUAUUUAAUCAUAAAUAUCUAUUUCACUUGCUGGAAUCCAUGGAUAUACAGAGUUUUUAUUAAUUUGGCUGGAAAAUAACGUUUUAUUUUCAGACCAAAUCAGUUUCCAGAUUUUAUAGAUUUUUUUAGUUUAAAAUGAAAACAGAAAAUAUUUUCAUAACUUUGUUUUCUUUACUGAUUUAUUUCGUCCCUUCAGGGAGUCGACCUGAAUCCAAACUAAAACAUCCUGGUUGGUCCUGAUUUCACUCUGAACUACAGAAAACCAAAAAAAAUCCAGAUUUUCCAAAAAUUAAAUCCUCAAACAGAAACUCAGUAAGUUUGAUACUUUUUCAUUUUUUUCUGUAAAUGCCAGUUUUAGUUUUUAAACUCAUUUUCAGGUGAAUUUAUUUGUUUCUGCCAGGUUUUGUUAAACAUGUUUGCUAAAAUGCCAAGAUGUGCUUAAUAACAAUAAAACGUGAUAAUAAACUAAAAACUUCCGUC